UCGCUUUGGAAACCCACAACCUCUAAACUCACGCAACUUAAACCUUACGGAGAGCGGAUCUCCUCCAGCAGACGAGGUGAGCCCGGGUAAAGGUGGAGUAAACUGCGCGCAGGUUGCCAAACAACAAAAGACUCUUAACCUCAGGUGUGUCGGAUGAAAGGAAAAGGGCAGGUGAGAGGCUGCGAGAUGAUGUGAAGUGGAAUGCACGACUGUUUACACCUUGCAUUCAUUCUUUUGAUGAGUUGCUGGAAAUGAACAAUAGGAGACAUAUUUCACGAAUGAGCUGUGUGAUCACCUGUGGCUUGAGGGAGUUUUAAGUGCGCUCCUUGUUUGAAAAUUGUCCUUUCAUUUAUGUCACACGGACAUUAAGGAUCGAUUUCAGUGUUCGGUGUUACUCGGAUAGUAGUUCUCUGCGAUGGAGUGGCGCGAACAGUCCAACGUCAGCUGCGACGAAGCUUUCGUGGAGGCGCAGAGAUGGAUUGAGGGAGUAACCAAGAAAAAAUUUGGGAGCAACAACUUCCGAUCAGCACUGGAGAAUGGCGUGCUGUUGUGCGAGCUGAUCAACAAGAUAAGGCCUGGUAUCAUAAAGAGGAUUAACCGGCUGCCCACACCUAUCGCUGGACUGGACAACCUCAACGUCUUCCUCAGGGCCUGUGGGAAGCUUGGAUUAAAAGAAGCACAACUCUUUCACCCCGGAGAUCUUCAGGACUUAUCCACAAGAGUUACAGUCAAGCACCAGGAGACCGACAGGAGGCUGAAAAAUGUGUUGAUCUCCAUUUACUGGCUUGGUAGAAAAGCUCAGUGCGACAAUUCCUAUGAUGGGCCUUACCUGAACUUCAAGGCCUUUGAAGGAUUAUUGGGUACAGCACUUUACAAGGCUCUGCAGGAGUCGUCCACUCAGAAAGGCAGCAACGUCAGGGACAGCGGUUUUGGAGAUAGCUGGUACUCAGAGCGAGAGGAGCUCUACCAACUGAGAGGAGGAGGAGGAGGCGGACACAGGAGCGACGACUCCCUGGACAGUUUGGACUCUUUGGGUUCCCGACCUCACAGCAUCUCCUCUGACACCACUCUUAAAGGCAGCAGUGAGGGUUGUUGCAGUGACACUGAGGCAGACUCUAUCUACAGCAUGGCUGGGAACAAGGACACCCUCAGUUACCGCCGGUCAGUUGUCAUCAUGCCCAAGACCGCCGCCCAGUUUAACCAGUUCCUGCCCACUAAGGACAAAUCUGCAGCUUACGUCCCUGCUCCCCUGCGGAAGAAACGGGCCGAACGCAAUGACGACAAUCGGCGCAGCUGGGCCAACCCCAUUUACACCGAGGAUGAUGGCAGACUCACCAGUCAAGCAUCCCAGAGCACCUUGCCUACAGCUCAUGAGCAGUGGGCCUAUGAGUACGAAAGUGGCAGUGAAUCGGACAUAGACCGGCCGGAUCCAGAUCUUGUUCUGGAUGAUUUGGCCAGUAGACGCUUCCACAGCCCCUCCCCGGCUCUGCCCACCAACUUCGCCGUGCCCUUCAGCCACCUGGCAGGCGGAGGGGCAGCUCAGGGUGCGAGGGCCCCCUGGCCAAAGGUCACAGUGGGUCCCAGUGUGGCCACUCAACAGAAUGUGACCUGCCUCAGCAGCAGCAACAUCAGCACCGGGGAAACACUGCCUCCCCAGCACGGCUCCGUGAAGAUGGACCAACACGGAGCUGUGUGCACUGACAGUCUGUUCAAGGAGAUUUACGAUGACUCUGAUGACGAUGAUGAUGAUGAGGUGGGCUAUGCUGACCCAGUCCAGGAUGAUCUGUACAGCCGAAAGAUGGGUGUCAAACCUCAGCCUGCUGCCAACAUAUCUUAUGACAAGUUCCUCCCAAAGUUCUGGACGCCUGAGGAGGAUGAUCACAUACAGAAGAUCAAAAUGGGCUCUCAGAGGAGACCCUGGUAUAAAAAGAUGCAAGGCCUCAGCCAUAAGAAGACGAGUUCUUCGUCAGAUGAUUCUGACUGUGACGUCAGUCCUCGGCCCUCCUCUGCUCCCUCUUCCUGCGGCCCCUCUCCCUCUCACUCCCACACACAUAAGGCCUCGACUCACACCGCCCUCGUUGUGGGGAAAAGUCCUCACAACCUACCACACACUCCCCAACAGCUCCCAGAGAUACAGCCCCCUCUGUUACCACCUCCCCCUCUAGUGUUUGCCCCAGUGGACCCCACCUCAGGUCCCAAGCUGGUCAAAGGUGAAAAGUGGCAUCUCCUGGGGCGCAAUGACCCCCGUGAGCCCCCAGAUCCCUUUAAUUACGAGAGCAUUCCCCCCGACUUGGAGAAUGAUGACAUGUUUGCCAGGCGGACCCUGGCUUUCCAGUCCAACACAGACCUGGCUAUGACGAAGACUCAGCUGUCCAAGAAACGCCAUCGUUACUCAUCUGAGCCGCAACUCAACAUCAUCACCCAGCAACACAGCCGUGGCAACACCGAAGAGAACGAGUUCCCCGACAUUGAACAGGACGAUGUGGUGUAUCGUAAGGAGAAAACGGAGCAAGCUCAGCGACAAAGGCCGCUCUCUGGAGCCCCCGACAAUUACGCCCCUAUGCCCAUCCCAGAGCCAUGGGCUCUGCCCCCUGAUCUCAAAGCCAGACUCCUCUGCCCCCCGUGUCCUCUGACCCAGAGAGAACCCACAAAUAAAGACAACCAGGUCGAGAAUGAGAUGCAUCCUAAAACAGAUGACAUGCUGGUUCGUAAACUCGGAGCCUUUUCUGAUCAUAGCUCAUCAGCCAAUCAGACUCCCUCAGUGCCUUCUUCCUGUAGCGAAGGCGACCUGCAGAGGUGGCAGGAUAUCAGGAAAGCCAGUCAGCUAAGAUAUAAGAAGAAGCUUAUGGUUGAAAGGCUAAGAGAAAAGAACUGCUCUGACCGGGAAAAGAGUAAAUCAACAAGUGAUAUCCAGACUGAAUCAGCCAUCCUCCGGCAAGCACGCUAUGAGGAGCUGGAGAAGUUCCGAGAGCAGAUAAAGGAGAGUGAUGAUAAGUGGCAGGAUGACCUGAGCAAAUGGAAGACCCGGCGCAAGAGUGUCAACUCUGAUAUAGUGAAGAAAAAAGAGGAGCGUGAGAAGAUAGAGCAGAUUACCGUCGGCAGUAACAGAAGGUCCAAGACCUUCAAGGAGAUGCAAGAGGAGAGAGAAAAUAAAGGCAGAAACAGCAGUGGCAGUCGUCUUGGAUCUCUCUCUUACCCGGACAACGACGACGUAUUUGACGGACCUGUCAUUGCCCCUCGUACCCGUACCCUUCCUCCCAGGAGCUACACUAUUGACACUCCUUACUAUUCAUCUGAACCAUCCCAGCCUUCUCUAAAAGAAGAAGAACCCUUUGCUGCUGCCCCAGCCACUGGCAGAGCCGCUUUCCCACCCACUAAACAGGAAAUCAACAUUUUGGAUAGCCCUGCAGGCAGCGACACCACGACCGCCAUCACUCCCAGUCUCAUUCCCUACGGCCGCAGCUCCCAGCGUGCUGCAGAUGUACCUUUAGAAAAGAGCCCAGUCUCAGAAUACUCCAGAACAACCAAGACAGAGGAAACCACCACCAUUGUCUCCUCUUCCAGCUCCCUGCAAAAGGUGCCAGAGCCAAGGCGCCCAUUGUUGAGCUCACAGACCAAGGUGGAGGCCCCCUCCUCUGGUUUUCUGUACAAACAACAACCGCAGCUCAGCUCGAUGGAACCCAAACCUCCUGGGGUGUCUCGGGUGUCCGCCUCCCUCCCUAGGAGCUACCAGAGAUUGGAUAGCGCACGUUUGACCUCAGUUGUCGCACCAAGGCCCUUCGGGACCUCCCGCAUCUCUUCUCUUUCCAGAGCCUCCACAACGGACGACUCCCACAAACGUGUCAAUGGUGACGCCAGUGUUUCUCAGAAGUCAUCUGUGCCGAGCCGCUAUCAACAGUUCAUGACCUCGGAGGAUGAGGCUCAGUCCAGCUCAGCCCAUAGCAGUGAAGACGAGGAGGAGGCGGAAAGUGUCACUCAGAGUCUCUCACCUGUCCCUCCUCCAGUCAAGAGUGAAGCUCCAGUCGGUCCUGCUCGAGCCAAAGACAACAGCCAGGAAAACUACUGUGAGAUGCGGAUUAACCUGAACCAGAAGCCCAACAGCAGCAGAGACUUUGGCUUCCAGGCAGCCUGGGACUCGACCGGUGCUCACGUCACAUCCAUACAGUCAGGCAGCCCAGCUGAGAUGUGCCGGCUUCAGGUCGGUGAUGAGGUGCUGACGGUGAACAGGCACAAGGUGGCAGAAAUGAGCUACACAGACUGGAAGGCCUACAUGGGGGAAGCGAUCCAGGAGGGCAGUCUGGUCAUGGAUAUUCGCCGUCAUGGCCAAAACAACUGGGACAGAAAUCAACCUUCCCUGCCAUUUAAAAGCCAUAAGACCAUCAAUCUGACCAGUACGGAUCAUCCAAUACUUCUAGGUUCCCCUGAUACAAACAUCAUAAACCCCAGCCUUGAUUUCACCUCACGCAUCUCCACGGAAACGCUGCAGUCCCAAGAGGGCCCCGCUAAACCAGUCCUCAUCGUAAGUGACCUCGAAUCAUCCAGGUUGACUCAGGAUUUGGCUUCCAACAGGGUUAAUGGAAGUUUCCAUGAGAAGUCUGUGACCAUGAGGAACAAAGAGUCAGAACCCAUAUCUUUGAAAAACUUAAAACGGAGGUCAGAGUUUUUUGAAACAGGUGGCUCAGGUUCCAGUGUCAGUGCGCUGGUCUUCCUCUGUGGAGGAUCAGAUGCUGUGUUGCCAGAUAUACCCGUUCCUCCAAUAACUCCCUCAUCCUCCAGCCGCUGGUCCUUGGACCCAGAGGAGGAACGUAGAAGGCAAGAAAAAUGGCAGAAGGAGCAGGAACGCCAACUACAGGAGAAAUAUAAGCGUGACCAGGAGAAGUUGCAGGAGGAGUGGCAGAAGGCUCAGGAGGAGAUUGCCAAGAUGAAGGACCAACAAGAGCUAACAAAGGGGAACAGCCGCAGCAUCAGCCCAUUCUCGUCCCUCCCUCAAGUCAACCAGGCCACAACUACUCUGUGGGAAGAGGAAGAGAGAAAGAGGAAGGAGGAACACGAGCGCCAACGACAGGCAGAGGAACGCGAGCGCCAACGACAGGCAGAGGAACGCGAGCGCCAACGACAGGCAGAGGAACGCGAGCGCCAAAGACAGGCAGAGGAACGCGAGCGCCAAAGGCAGGCAGAGGAGAGGAGGAAGAGGGAGGAGGAGGCGCGAGAGCUGCAGCGUCUCCAAGAGGAGAGGGAGAGGAAAGAGAAGGAGAGGAAAGAGAGGCAGGAGAAGGAGAGGAAAGAGAGGCAGGAGGAGGAGAGAAAGAGGAGAGAAGAAGAGCUGAUAUGGCAGAGGAGGAGAGAGGAGGAGAGGGAGGAGGAGAGGAGGCGGCAGGAGGCCGUGGAGCAGCAGCGCAGAGAGCGGGAGAGGGCCUUCCAGGUGCAGCAGCAGCAGCAGCAGCAGCAGCAGUGGGCUGCCAAUGUCCAGCCUCCUCUGUCCUAUACAGACAGGAUAAAAUCCAAAUCAUCUCCACAGCUCGAUGAAGAAGAAAGACCUCAGAGGAGAGGUGUGUAUGGGCAGCCGCGGGGUACCGCUCACUGGCGGCUGGAGGAGCAGUUGAGGAUUGCGUGUGACAGGCACGCAAAGAGUCAACAAGCUGCAUCUCAGCUGGAAAUGGAGAGGAGAAACAUCCUCAGUGCCAUGAGAUACAGGGAGCCAGAGAGAGUGACAGGCAGUGGACUGGAUGAAAGGAAAGGUCAGCAGGCUCUGUCGCAGUCUGAGCUGGAGCGGCAGCAGAUCCUGAACGAGAUGAAGAAGAAAACGUCGCUGCUGACAGACAGCAGCUGGAUACGCGAGCAGUCCUCUAGCUUCGCCAGCAACAAGGAGAGUGACGUGCCACCCAUGCGCAGAGGCGAGUCUCUUGACAACUUGGAUGCCUCCUAUAACUCCUGGCGCUCAUCAUGGACACCCAGGAGCAACUCAUACGCCCCAAACUACACCCGGCCCCACUCUGCCCUUUCAGGCAGCUCCUCUUUUUACAGUAGUGGAUCAGGGACCCAGCGGUCCUCCUCCUCCACUCUGCCCUCCUCCUACUCCAUGGGCUCCCUCCAAGGCGGGGCAGGAACCUCCUCAUCCCUUCGGUCCUGGCAGACACCCUCACCCUCCUUUUCAUCAUCCACCACUUCUCCAGAGCCAACAUCUGAGGCAGGUGUCCCUCAGCAGGGGAGCAGGUCAGUGAGUGGCAAGAAAGUCUGUACGUUCUGUGACACCGCGCUGGGAAAGGGAGCAGCCAUGAUCAUCGAGUCCCUUGGGCUCUGUUAUCAUUUGGGCUGUUUUAAGUGUAUCGAGUGUAAGUCGGACCUUGGAGGAUCGGAAGCUGGCGCUGAAGUCAGAAUACGAAACAAACAGCUCUACUGUAACACCUGCUACAUGCGAUUCAAAAGUGGCCAACCAACCUCUAUGUGAUGUCAGUGUCCUGCAGCAGAUUGAUGAAGAAACUACUUGUGACAACAAUCCAUGAACACUAAAGUGAAGCCACUGCUAAUAGCUGGAGCGCCUGGCGUGGACAUAACUUCCAUUUUUGAGUCUAGAAAACUGCCAAUGUUACUCAUUGGCAAGAAUCAUGUUCAUGCUCUGACAGUGUGUGAUUGAGAGGGUAAGCUUGCAAAAGAAGUUAUCUACAGUACUUUAAAAAAAACGUUUAUAUCCUAUUAAGUAUUACAGCUGCACAAAGUGUAAGGCUUCUGCAUGCACCAGAGUUUUGUUGAAAAUGUUUGUUAGCCAUGAAAAUAGCCGAGCAAUAAACCGACUAUAAAGUUACGCAUUCGUUUGACUGUAACUCGUUUGAUUUUGGAGACACCGAGAGAGAAGCCUUCGUUCAUCAUCCCCUCGUUUUUUUUUUGCCGAAUCUUGUGUUUAGUAACACGUUUGUAAACUAAAGUAUUCCUGUCGUGUGUAUGUGCCUUUUCAUUUGUAACAGGGAGAAGUAAGAUUAAGAUGAUUAGCAUUGUUUCAAAAUGUAUUUAAAAACAUCUGCUCAGUCUGGAGAUAUCAAUGAUUGAUGGAGCAUUAUACACAGUACAUAUAUAUGUAUAUAUAUAUAUACUGUUUAUAUGCAAACAGUAACCUUUGUAAAUAAAAAGACUAAAUGCC